AAUUUCUACAGCGCUCUUGUCUUUUGAGCUCUCAACCCCCUUCUCUUCCCGAACCUCCCAACUCUUCUAUUUUUCCACAAUUUGUUUUCUUUAAUUUUUCGUUUAUAUUUAUCAUCUUUUUCCGCCCCCAAAAUUUUCUGCUUGAUAUUCUCCGAGUUGCUUUUCCCUUCCAUAUAAAGCUUCCAUUUUCAAACCUCCAUUUUCUCUCUCCUCUAUCUUUUGUCUCUGCGUUUUCUCUCUGUAAAUAUCUAUAAUUGUACGUAUAUAUUCCAAUUGGCUGCUUAAUUUUGGCAAUUGGGUUAUUCGAUCCCUGAAAAUUUUGAUUCUCCGACCCCUUUAUUCGAUUUGCUCGUUCGAAAAGAUCAGAAAUUUAUACCAGGAAAAGCUCAAUCUUACUUUGCCGAAUCGAACCCAGAUUUCGAUUUCCCUGGUUUUGCGAAUGGGAAGAGGAGGAGCUGGAAUUGGCAAGCCAAAUCCCACAAUUCAUACAUGGGGUUCGUUAGGUGAAUGAAGUUCGAGUAGUUCUUCGGUCGUACAAGAUUUUGUGUGGCUGAUUUGGUUGUUCUGUGCAUGCCAUUCUGAUAGAAACCCUGAGCCUGAGGCUCGGGGAUCUGAAAAUUUCGAAGCUUGAAUCGAUGGCGUCCUCAGAGAAUGAGCCUAUGUCUCAAUUGGGUGGCGGCGAAACUCGGGCUCCUUCCCAACACGUAGAUAUGCAGAAAUUCCGGCUUUACGAGACACGAGCGAACUUUUACAUGAUCGGGAGAGAUAAGAGUAGAACGUAUUGGAGAGUACUAAAGAUUGACCGGUUGGACCCUUGUGAGCUUAACAUUCGUGAAGAUUCUACCACGUACACUGAAAGAGAAUGUUCUGACCUGUUGUGGCGGAUACAUGAAGGGAAUAAGGCUACCGGUGGAUUGAAGUUUGUCACCAAUUGUUAUGGAAUUGUUGGAUUCGUUAAAUUUUUAGGGCCCUAUUACAUGCUGCUUAUCACGAAAAGAAGACAAAUAGGCGCAAUCUGUGGUCAUACUGUAUAUGCAGUCUCCAAGAGUGAAAUGAUACCGCUUCUGAAUUCUUCUGUCCAAUCCAGUACUACUAAUUCUAAAAAUGAAAACAGAUACAAGAAGCUCUUAUGCACAGUGGACCUUACAAAGGACUUCUUUUUCAGCUACUCAUACCAUGUUAUGCGUAGUCUGCAAAAGAACAUGUGUAAGAAUGAGACAGGAAAUGUCCUUUAUGAAACCAUGUUUGUCUGGAAUGAGUUUUUAACUCGGGGAAUUCGGAAUCACCUCCAAAAUACUCUUUGGACGGUUGCAUUGGUUUAUGGCUUCUUUAAACAGGCCACUCUCUCUAUAUCUGGACGUGACUUCAAGCUGACCCUUAUUGCAAGACGUUCACGUCAUUAUGCAGGCACCAGGUAUCUGAAACGUGGUGUUAAUGAAGAGGGAAGAGUAGCUAAUGACGUUGAGACAGAACAGAUUGUCUGUGAGGAUGUUCCUGAGGGGUUUCCGAUGCAGAUAAGUUCUGUUGUGCAGAACCGGGGCUCAAUCCCUCUAUUUUGGUCACAGGAAACCUCACGUUUAAAUAUCAAACCAGAUAUAAUAUUGUCAAAAAAGGACCAAAACUAUGAAGCCACUAGGCUGCACUUUGAAAAUCUUGUUAAGAGAUAUGGGAACCCCAUUAUUAUAUUGAAUCUGAUCAAGACACAAGAGAAGAGGCCUCGAGAAUCGAUACUACGUAGAGAGUUUGCUAAUGCAAUUGAUUUCAUUAAUAAAGACCUAUCUGAUGAGAACCGUCUGAAAUUCCUUCACUGGGACCUCCACAAACAUCCCCGGAGCAAAGCUACGGAUGCUUUACUACUCUUGGGCAAGGUGGCUACAUAUGCAUUGACACUAACUGGGUUCUUCUAUUGUCAAGUUAACCCAGCACUGAGACCUGACGGUGUCAUUAAGUGGCCUUCCUCUGGUGUAAUGUGGAACAGGCAUUUCGACAGUAACUUGUUUCCCGAAAUACAUAAUGCUAAUGGUGAUGGGGAAGCUAAUGGUAAUGGGGAUGCUGAUAACAUAGAGUGUAAACCAAGUGGAGGCAGAAAUAUUGCAAAUGGUAAUCAUUCUGUCAAGCCAUCCAUGUUCCAGAGCGGGGUGCUUAGAACCAAUUGCAUAGACUGUCUGGAUCGCACAAAUGUUGCUCAGUAUGCAUAUGGGUUGGCUGCAUUGGGACACCAGCUUCAUGCUUUGGGAGCUAUAGACAAUCCAAGGAUAGAUCUUGAUGCUACUUUGGCUGAAGAUUUGAUGGGAUUUUACGAAAGAAUGGGUGACACACUUGCACACCAGUAUGGUGGUUCCGCUGCACAUAAUAAGAUGUUUUCUGAGAGAAGGGGUCAGUGGAGAGCAGCAACUCAGUCUCAGGAAUUCUUUAGAACUCUUCAACGGUAUUACAGCAAUGCUUACAUGGAUACAGAGAAGCAAGAUGCAAUUAAUGUAUUUCUAGGGCAUUUUCAACCACAACAAGGCAAACCUGCACUGUGGGAAUUGGAUUCUGACCAGAAUUUUUACUCCGGGAAGGAUGAACCAAAAGAUAAGGAUCUAGAUGGAAGGUCCACUUUCAAAAGAUCUUAUUCCGAUGGCAACAUUCUUCAAGAAAGCAGCUCACUUAUGUCAUCCCCACAUGUUAAGCAGGAGAAAUUUACAAACCCUUGUAUGCCUGAUCGAUCACAACAAGAAAGCAAGAUUCUUUCAGAGUCAUCACCUGAUAUAUCAACUUCUGAGAGUGAUAUUGCAUUUUCAAGGUACACUCCCUCGAUGCCUCGCAGGCAACUUUUUGGAGAGUUUCAAAGAUACCGGUGUGAAAGUGAGCAUAUUUACUAUUCCGAACGUGGAGAUACGUACAACUUCUCAAACUUUGUUGACCUGGACUGGCUAUCUUCAUCUGGGAAUUCUUGUGAGGAGGAGCCAUUUGAGAGGUCGUCAGUACUUGCAUCUCCAAUUGAGGGGCUAUCAGCGGAGAAUGUUGUUAACGGAAUAAUUGGGGAUUCUACUCCAUCUACUAGUGAAUAUGGAUCAAGCAUGAAGGGGAAGGAGCAGGCAGGAACGGGGUUGUCCUUUCAUAACGGGGAGAGUUCCAACGUUCUCGAGGAGUAUCCCGAUAGCUUUGUGAACUGGGUCAACUUCGGAGAGACGAUAUGCCACUGAAGUUUUUAAUCAAUUUUCCUCAGUAAUACACUCCCGCCUUCAUUUGGCUCGAGCAUUUUCCAAAAGAUGCUGAUCCACGGAUAAGAAACUAUAGAGUGCGUGUUACCAAUGUCAGGAACAAGGGAGAAACAAAGGCAGUGGAACCGGCGUUCGUUGAGAGGAUACUCUUCCUAGAGGCAGGUCGUGUACGAUACAGCAGUGAUUUGUUCAUGAAAAGAAAAGAAAUCUCAGUCGGAAGUUAUACCAUAGUACAAGAGAGUAAAUAGUCAACAGUUAAGAGAUUCUUAGGAGCUCUUUCUCCGUUAGUUCGUGGACGGUAGAUUUCAAACCUGUAAAUAUAUUGCUCGUUGGAGCUCCACUUUAGAGUUGCAGGCCGUCGAUUCUUUUAUUUUCCGUCGUGUUAAUUUGUAGACCGGCGUAAAAACUGACAUUGCCGGAGAAGAAGUGCGGGAUAUCGGGUCCUUCUGUUGUAGAAGUAGAAGUGGAGAUGCAGCGAUUCUUGCCUUUAAGCGCUAAUUUUAGGCCAAGACUUGGCGUUUAAUAUAAAGAUCACUGUAAAAUAUUCAUUCAAUAAGUUGUCCAAUUUGGCCAAAUAAAAGUUUUACCAUUUAAUUAAUAAUAGUUUUGGUUGAGAGUGUU